UACGAGGAGAGAUCAGGUCUCGAGUCGCGAAGAGGAGAGGUUUAUGUGGGAAUCUUGAGUCAUUGCGAGGAGAUAUCGGUUCUCAAGUCGUUAGAGGAGAGUUCAGGCGUCGAGUCGUAAGGAUGAGAGGUUCUGCUGAAAGUGGUCUCGUCGAUGAGUAUUGCCUUAAGGCGCACUAGCACGAAUAGACCCCCCACUAUUGAAGAAUAGUGUGUUAAACAGUUCGAGGUGGGAAUCAGGUCUGCGGCCCAGAUGGAGUUUAGGGAGUAGGAGGUAUACAUGGAGUAUAUCAUGAGUCUUCCCAUUGUACCCAUGGACCCAGAGUAGCAAACUGGGGGAACGCGGUGGCUCGCCGUGCCUUGGAAUAUAAGAACCCCUUCUCCCCCCCCCCUCCUCCCAACACACCAGAACUUCGCACAAUCGAAAAAUAUUGAGUAAUAGCUAAGAAGAACCAUAAAAAGACCCAAAAUAUUGUUAGCAGCGACAAGCAGUUCACAGCAAACUGGCGUUAUAAAAUUGUAGGGAUGAGAUGAAGGAUAUACAGAAAAUAAAUCAAAUUUAAUUAAGAAUAAAAUAAAAUAAUAGUUGUAUUCAGCAACACUGAAGAUAAAUAAAAUAAAAUAAAUUUCUAUGACAACAUUGGCUAUUUUGUAAAUACUUGACAAACAAACAAAACAAAGUCAGUCAUUGAUCUAUUCUUGUGAUCGACAGACGUGUUUAAGUGAAUCUCUGAAUUGAGAUUCGUAAAAUCACGACAAUGGUGUGAUUGGUAGAGUAAGCAAAAAUAGCGCAGAUAUUUAAAGCUGCUGCUGCUGAUUGUUUUGAUUUGGCCUUCCGGUGGAAUAAGACGGAAUUGCCGUUAGAAGCGCAGAUUUUUAAGACUGCUGCUGCUGAUUGUUUUGAUUUGGCCUUCCGUUGGAAUAAGACGGAAUUGCCGUUAGAAGCGUAAAUUAAAGAUUCUUUUGAGAAUAGAGUUGAGAAGGAAUGUAGAGAUGAGAUGAAGGAUAAGCAGAAAUUAAAUAAAAUUUGUAGGAUGGAGAAUAAAAAUGUGGAAUAUGAAAUAAAAAUUGUGGAUAUUUGGUAAAAAAUAUUUUGCUCUAAAAGAAAAAAAACAAAAAAUGACGCGUCAAAAGUUAAAAUUGAGAAUAGAGGUGAGAAGGAAUGUAGGGAUGAGAUGAAGGAUAUACAGAAAAUGAAUCAAAUUUAAUUAAGAAUAAAAUAAAAUAAUAGUUGUAUUCGGCAACACUGAAGAUAAAUAAAAUAAAAUAAAUUUCUAUGACAACAUUGGCUAUUUUGGAAACACUUGACAAUCAAACAAAACAAAGUCAGUCAUUGAUCAAUUCUUUUGAGCGACAGACGUGUUUAAGUGAAUCUCUGAAUUGAGAUUCGUAAAAUCACGACAAAAAUGACUGUACAAAAUCUGAUGGCAGACGUUAAACGAAAGGCUCGUCACAAUUUGGACUAGGUCAAUUGAACCUUUACUGAGCAUUUUUCCGUCUUUUAUAUAUAUUGAACUUCAAAAUUAAAGAUACUUUAAUUUUUUCAAUAAACAUUACUGACCGCUUUUUCAUCCGAACACCCAUUACUUGAAACAAAGUAAAGCUUUAAAACGUUGAGUCAAUAAAAUUACCAUUACCAAAAAAUGCAACGAUUCGAGUUUAUUUUUGAUAUUUAAACUUAAUUCAGUUAUGAAAUAAUUGCAGACUCUUAUUCCGGGAAAAAAUAAUCAGUUUUUAAAGCACUUAAAGCACCAGAACGUCAUUAAGUGUGCAAUGUUUGGUAAAUCACCCUAUUCUAUAUACGAUUAAACCCCGGUAAACAGGAAAAAAGCAAAGAAUUUCAUUCCGGUACCCCUAGUAGUUAUAGCGCUGACCCACAUAGUUCCUGGCCAUUAGUUGUGUGUUAAAUUAAUAGAGUUACAACUAUUUCGCGUUGCAUAAUCGUAACCUUUGGACUGUUUCACUUUUCAAAGGCAGUUAAACUACUUCCUAAAAUACUAGAGUGGCUUGAAUCUUUAAAAUUGUACCAACAAACAUUGGGAAAAAAAAAAUUAGAAUUCGAAAUUUACGUCACCUUAAUAUUUGUUAAGCUUUUUGGAAUGCAAACUUGAAACGUAAGAUCUACUUUGAGAAAUUUUUUCAUAAUAUUUUAUGUUAAUAUUCCACACGAACGUCAGGCUUGUGGUCAAACACUGCAGUUCUUAAGAUUCUACAAUACUAUUUAAGUUGUACCACUCAGAUGCAUACUUAUUUAUUCUAAUUUGAGCUAACAAAUGUGCUUAGUCCUAGCUGAAUAUCUAUUCUCAAAACCGCUAGACAACGGUUGCACUUUUUUUGUCUUCGAAUCCUAUCAGGUGCACCAGGGAGAAAGCGUUAUUUUGUAAGUCAUUGGCAAUUGCAAUUUGUUUGCAACAUUUUAUUAAUCCAUGCAUUCUGUCCACACGACGCCACCAGCUAUUCCAUGCGUAUCCGAUCACGGCGAAAUUGCUGACAUCCGAAUACAUUAGCAUCGAUAAGCGAUGUAUAAGCUAGACCAUCGAGUUCCGAUCCGAUUUAGUUCUUAGACUAGGCCCUAGUCUAGGCGAGUAAGCGUGUUACUGGAGAAGAAAUUUUUAGUGAUUGACAGUUGAUUGGUCGUGUUGGCUGCGAAAAAUGGCCGUAGUACUUAAGUCCCUCGCUCGGGCCUACAAGGAAUUCUAUCACGAUGCGCAAGAUCCCCGAACGACGGAUUUGUUCCUGAUGAAUCCGCCAUGGCUUCCUGUUACCAUCGUAGGAUUAUAUCUGUAUUUUGUGCUCAAUUUGGGACCAAAAUGGAUGGCCUCACGUAAUCCGCUCAACAUCAAAACGUUAAUACUAGUAUACAAUGUGGUGCAAGUUGCGAUUAACACCUACAUGGCUUACACAGGAACCAAACUAUUCAUAAAGUUAAAAUUUUCAUUGACCUGUCAACCGGUAAAUCGGUCAGCUGAAGGACUCCCGGAACUAAAUCUGGUGCAUCAGUAUUACUUGCUGAAGGUUUUGGACCUCGUCGAUACCAUAUUCUUCGUGGUGCGCAAAAAGCAAACGCACGUGUCAUUCCUACACGUGUAUCAUCACGCGGCAAUGGUCCUAGGGCCGUUUAUCUACAGUCGAGCCUAUCCCGGAGGUCAUGGAUCGAUGUUGGGACUCAUCAACACUUACGUCCAUGCAGUGAUGUACCUUUAUUACUUCCUUUCCGCCUACAAGCCGGAACUAGUCAGGGACAUCCGAUGGAAAAAGUACAUUACCGGGAUGCAGAUAGCGCAGUUCAUCUUUCUGACCGGAUUUUAUGGAAAUACGGCUAUUAUGGGAUACGAUUGUGGCAUUCCCAUUUGGUGGUUCUGGGCCUGCUUCAUACAAGCUAUCUUCAUGCUGGCUAUGUUUAGUGAUUUCUACUACCGGACCUAUGUCAAAGCGAAUAAAAUCCGAAAAAGCCUUUGAGAACACAAAUAAACAAUCCAUGUUUUUAAGUACAAAUCCCUUGAUCAGUAGCAUUCAUGGAAGGAAAAUUGAUCUAAAACCGACAAACCUGGAUAAACAAAAUGGUAACCAUAAGCGACCACUGUGUACGAUUGCUAAAUAGAAAAGUGAUAGAAGGGUGUGUGUGAUUGUGCGUAAUAUUAUUUAGUUGCAUUCGGAGUGUGAGAUUUUUUUGUUAUCUUUUAGGCACUAAACAUUGGGGAUUCAAUCCUACCUACAGUGUUUAUCAACUUCAGUUCUAGAAAAUUCAAUCCAUUACUAUAUUUACCUGAGAAAUAUAUACCGAAUUUUUAUUUAUAGAAAUA